AUGACGGACCAACAUUCAAGUCAAGCUUUGUCUUGGCGUCGUCUCUAUUUGAGCAGAGCAAAGUUAAAAGCAUCAAGCAGAACGUCUGCCCUACUUUCAGGAUUUGCAAUGAUUGCAAUGGUAGAAAUUCAGAUUGAUGAUAAACAAAAGAUCCCAGAUGAAUUAUUAAUUGGUUUUGGAGUGUGCACAACUUUAUUAGUGACUGUCCAUUUAUUGGCUUUAAUGAUUAGUACAUGUAUACUGCCCAAUAUUGAAUCAGUUAGCAAUGUGCAUAAUAUUACAGCAGUUAAUGAAUCUCCUCAUGAAAAAAUGAAAUGGUGCGUUGAAGUGGCAUGGAUUUGUUCCACUGGAAUAGGAAUUAUUUUGUUUCUAGCAGAAAUCGGCGUAUUGACAUGGGUAAAAUUUUACAGCAUUAGUCAAAAUACUGCAAUUGCAUCCACUUGUAUUGUUAUACCAGCAACAAUUCUUUUUAUUGCAUUUGCUUUAGUGUUUUAUAAAAGACUUGUGGAACAUAAAUACCAAAGACAUACAGAGGGAUUGAAAGAGUUGGAAAAUGAGCUUCAUGCUUUAGAUGAAAACCAGGAACAAAAUGCUAGAAAUCCAGUAUAA